AUGAUCUUGGAUACACUGCGCAUCCUGGGCCCGACCACAGACGAUGCGAAUCUUGUCCUCCGGCAACUUGAAAUAAUCCUUACUGCCCACGCCGAACGCAUGGGUGGCUCACCACUCGUAGAUCUACGCUUAAAUGUGACGAGACUCAACGUCCUCAGAGCAUUGCAUGCCAAUUUGGAAAUUCUAGGCUACAGCUCAAGCGCUAUUCAAGACGAUGCUCAGUCAUGCUUUACCGUACUGGGACCUUCACAAGCGAGUGACUUGCGUGAGGCGACUCUACCACCCGCUCUCACACCGACCAUGAUUCAGUGGACGAUUCCCCAUCAUCCGUGGCUGGACCUUAUCCCCUUCCCGCGAAUGCGAGAUAACUUGAUCCUGGCGCAAGAUUUGAUGGAUGAUGAGCAAUUGUGCCGCGAUAUGUGUGGGCAGAGGCCUCCCCCUUCUUCCAGCCAGAACCUCUGUCGGGGAUCGGGAAUCGGCGAAACGGGUGUUCUCGUUUGGCGGGAUCCAUGGGAUCCGUCGGGCUGGGAAGUUACCGAGACAUUUAUCCGACUUUGGGGUUGGGCCAUUCAAGAUUGUUGGGAUCUUUUCAGUUCCACCGACGCAUGGCGGGUUCAUCGCGGGGAGAAGCCGUUAUUUGGGAAAAUUGAGAGUGUCCAACGACACUAA